AUGAUGGAGGCCUUGGAAGAGAAUGAACUCUGCUUUCCAGAACUCCUCAACGCCUCCUGCAAGAAGCCAAAGCGUCUGCACGUUGAUGCCAUGCUGACUUACAUUAUACUGUCCUUCAUCACUCUGCUCACCACAACUCUUAACCUGCUGGUCAUCAUCUCCAUCUCACACUUCAAGCAGCUCCACACCCCCACCAACCUCCUCCUCCUCUCUCUGGCUGUCUCAGAUUUCUUCGUGGGCCUCCUCAUGUUCUUUCAAAUUGUGCUCAUAGACGGCUGCUGGUUCCUCGGUGACAUGAUGUGUACUCUGUACCUGUAUCUAGCAUACAUUAUCACCUCUUCCUCAGUAGGAACCAUGGUUCUAAUAUCUGUUGACCGAUAUGUAGCUAUUUGUGAUCCGCUGCAUUACUCCAUCAAAGUCACUCAAAAAAGGGUUCAAGUCUGUAUUUGUCUGUGUUGGAUAUGUUCUGUACUCUUUCAAAGUCUGGUGCUGAAAGAUAACCUGGAAAAACCAGGCAGGUACAUUUCCUGUUCUGGUGAGUGUGUGGUUGUCAGUACCUACAUUGCUGGACUUGCUGAUCUGGUUUUGACCUUUAUUGGUCCUGUCACCGUCAUCAUAGUUCUGUAUCUGAGAGUCUUUGUGGUGGCUGUGUCUCAGGCUCGUGCCAUGCGCUCCCACACUGUAGCUGUCACUUUUCAGGGUUCAGUGACUGUAACUGUUCAAAAAUCUGAGCUGAAAGCAGCCAGGAAUCUUGGUGUUGUAGUAGCUGCCUUUUUAAUAUGCACUUGCCCAUAUUACUUUGUUAUUCUUACAGCCCAGGACACCUUUUUUAAUGCCUUAUCUGCUGCCUUUGUGAUAAGUCUGUUCUACUUUAAUUCCUGUCUAAACCCUAUUAUCUACGUCUUUUUCUACCCUUGGUUCAAAAAAUGUCUUAAGCUCAUUGUUACACUUCAGAUACUGCAGCCUGACUCCUCUGAGGCCAACAUAUUGUAG